AUGCAUUUGGAGUUAAUAGCUGAGGCUGGUCUAGCGGGAGCUAAGCCUGCAGGUACACCACUUGAACAGAAUCUGAAGCUAACAUCUGUAAAGUAUGAUGAACAUGUCUCUCCUAAAAGAGAGCAUGCAAAUCCUGUACUGAAGGACCCUGGCAGAUAUCAGAGGCUAGUUGGAAGACUUCUCUAUCUUACAAUGACCGGACUUGACCUUGCAUUCUCAGUUCAGAAGUUGAGCCAAUAUAUGCAUUGCCCCAAGGAGUCACACAUGGAUGCAGCACUCAGGGUGGUAAGAUACAUUAAGGAAGCUCCAGGCCUUGGACUCUUCAUGCCAGCAGAGACUUCAGAUCAACUCCUUGCCUACAAUGACUCAGACUGGGAGCAUGUCUAG